AAGGGAAACUUGUAAUUCACACAAUUCCCACCAAACUCCACAAUAUCUGAGAAUUUUCAUGAAGUGGUUGGUAGUUUGUAUACAUAAAGCAAGCAACAGUAAGGAAUUGAAUUCUGUAUACUGCCUUGUUCAAGCAAUGGUUUUCAAGAUCUUCUUCCUCCAAAUCCUCCUCACCUUGAUUUCCCUGCUAUUACCCCUUGGAGAAACUAUUGACUUCAAUUAUCCAGCAGUGUUCAAUUUUGGAGAUUCCAACUCUGAUACAGGUGGGCUUGUGGCAGGUCUUGGUGAGGAGCUAAACCCACCUUAUGGACAGACUUAUUUCCACAAGCCUUCUGGCCGUUUCUGCGAUGGCCGUCUCAUCAUUGAUUUCCUCAUGGAAGCCAUGGAUCUACCGUUUCUUCAUGCGUACUUGGAUUCUGUUGGCAAACCAAGUUUCCGAAAUGGGUGUGACUUUGCAGCUGCGGGAUCGACAAUACUCCCAGCAUCUGCAUCAGCUGUGAGCCCUUUUUCUUUUGGGAUUCAGGUGGCUCUGUUUUUCCGAUUCAAAGAUCGUGUUCUCGAUUUGCUGUCAGAAGGCAAGAAACUGGACAAAUACCUCCCUGCAAAAGAUUAUUUUGAGCAGGGGCUUUACAUGUUUGACAUAGGCCAGAAUGAUCUUGCCGGUGCAUUUUAUUCAAAGUCAGAGGAUAAAGUGAUUGCUUCCAUUCCGACAAUCCUGUUGGAAUUUGAAGAUGGGAUUAAGAGAUUGUAUGAACAAGGGGCAAGGAGGUUCUGGAUUCAUAACACGGGGCCUCUUGGAUGCUUACCUCAGAAUAUUGCCAGAUUUGGAAAUGACCCCUCUAAGCUUGAUGAGUUAGGAUGUGUCGGCUCACAUAACCGUGCUGCUAAACUUUUCAAUUUGCAGCUUCAUGCUCUCUCUCAAAAAUUACAAGGGGAAUUUGUGGAUGCAAAUCUUACUUACACUGACAUCUUCUCAAUAAAAGUCAACCUUAUUUCAAAUUACUCUCGAUAUGGGUUUGAACAACCCAUAAUGGCUUGUUGUGGGUAUGGAGGUCCACCACUGAACUAUGACAGUCAAAUCUUCUGUGGCCAAACAAAGACUUUGAAUGGGACUUCAGUGACAGUAAAAGGGUGUAAUGACAGUACUGAGUAUAUAAUGUGGGAUGGGAUCCACUAUACGGAAGCUGCAAAUCAAUAUGUCUCAUCUCAAAUAUUAACUGGAAAAUAUUCUGAUCCGCCUUUCUCAGACCAGAUGCCAUUCCUGCUCAGUCUCAAGUUCUAGGGAGUCAAUGUCUUGCUAUUUCUCUUUUCCUGAUCUAUUAAGUUAUACACAUUCAUUUUAAGCAAUUAAUGGUUAUGUCUACAAA